ACAUUUUGCCUAUGCGCUUCAGCCUCCUCGCUCAGCCGCUCUAGCUCUCAACCCUCCCCCAAACCCCUCCUCCUCUCUCAGCCAUGGCCGCCGUCGUCGAAUCUGCCCCCGUUGCCCAAGAGAUCAUUCUGCCCCACAACGACGUUAAGCUCUUCAACCGCUGGACCUUCGAGGGCGUCGAGGUCACCGACCUCUCGCUGCAAGAUUACAUCGGCGUCAAUCAAGCGAAGCACGCCACGUAUGUGCCCCACACCGCCGGGAGGUACUCGGUGAAGCGGUUCAGGAAGGCUCAAUGCCCUAUCGUUGAGAGGCUCACCAACUCUCUCAUGAUGCACGGAAGGAACAACGGGAAGAAGCUCAUGGCUGUUAGGAUCGUCAGGCACGCAAUGGAGAUCAUCCAUUUGCUCACUGACCUUAACCCUAUCCAGGUCAUCGUCGACGCUGUUGUUAACAGUGGUCCUAGGGAAGAUGCAACCCGAAUUGGGUCUGCUGGUGUUGUGAGGCGGCAGGCUGUUGAUAUUUCUCCCCUCAGACGUGUCAAUCAGGCCAUUUAUCUGCUGACCACCGGGGCUCGUGAGUCAGCUUUCAGGAAUAUCAAGACUAUUGCAGAGUGCUUGGCUGAUGAGCUGAUCAAUGCUGCUAAAGGGUCCUCUAACAGCUAUGCUAUUAAGAAGAAGGACGAGAUUGAGAGAGUUGCCAAGGCCAAUCGUUAAGGUGCUGCAGGGAACAAUAAUGCAACAAUGGGAGAGUUUUGUUUGCAUUCUUUUCUUUAUGCUUUAUUUAGACUAGUCUAUUGAGAUUAGAUAAUUUAUCCAUUUAGAUUGGAUGGUUGAAAUUAAAUGGCUGGAUGUUUUGGAUGACUUGAAUUUUGUUUUUUGUUGAGUUCCAUUUGAGCUAUGACAAUGUUGAGUCUCUUUAUAGGUUUUAAUCUAUCUUCUGUUUACCC